AUGAACCAAGAUGAGUUAGACGAGGAACAUAAGAAUCUUCCUCCGACUAUUGAAGAUAAACUCAACUCAAUGCAGACCUUUGUCGAUCAGAAGGAAUUUGUGGUUAUUGAUAAUGGGACAGGCUUCUUGAAGUGUGGGUUUUCAGGAGAAGAUCUUCCUAGAGUUAGUAUCCCCACUGCAAUGGGGGUUAAGGAAAUUAUUAUUGAAGCUUCACAGACUAAUGAUCAAGGAGGCAAAAAGUAUAGUAGAAUUUUCGGGGAGAAAGCUCAGGAGAAGAUGAAUGAAUAUGAUGUCACUCAUCCUAUUAGAAGAGGGGUUAUUGAAGAUUUUGAAACUAUGAAGUAUUGUUGGCAUCAUCUUUUGUCUCAUAAAAAUAUGCAUAAUCAGAAGAAAUGAAGCUUGUUAGUCACUGAUUCUCCAUUGAACCAUAAGGAAAACAAGAUAAAAAUGGCUGAAUAUUUAUUUGAUAAGUUGAAAGACCAUAAUAUUUCAAUCGAGUCUCUGAAUAUCAUGGAUAGCUCUGUUUUAUCUCUUUUUGCAAGUGGGAGAACAAGUGGAAUAGUAGUUGAAUCAGGACAAGGUAUCACUACUGCUGUUCCUAUCUUUGAGGGAUACGCUCUUCCUCAUGCAAUCAAAUCAAUUAAUUUGGCUGGAGAAGAUGUAACAUAUAAUUUAUUAGACAGUCUUGUAGCCCAAGGAAUCGAAGUAGACAAUAGUCAUAUCAAUCACAUCAGAAAAAUUAAAGAGCAAAUGUGUUCAGUUGCACUAGAUUAUGAAAGAGCAAUUAAAGCUCCUGAUCCUUUGAAGGAGGAAUCUAAGCUUUAUGAACUGCCAGACAAUAAAGGCAUAAUCAAAGUAGAUCAUGAGGCUCGCUUCAAUGCUACUGAGAUUUUAUUUAAUCCUGAGAUUAUUGGAUCUAGCAUUCCAAGUAUUCCAAAGAUUGCUUUUGACUCAAUUUAUAAAUGAGAUCAAGAUUUGCAAAUUACACUCUACAAUAAUAUCAUACUUACUGGGGGAACUUCCUUGCUUCCAGGGUUCAAAGACAGAUUCGAGCAAGAUCUGUACGAACUUGCAGUUGACACUGCUAGAACUGAUAUAAAGAUUGACAUUGACUUGCCAAGGAGACACUCUGCAUGGGUCGGAGGGUCAAUGAUUGCAAGCUUGUCUACUUUUGACAGUAUGACAAUCAAGGCAACUGAUUAUGAGGAAAAUAUUGAAACCCGUGAUGAUGUUGUACUCAAAAAGCUUGUCUUUUAAAAUUAAACCCAAUUAUUUAA